UUUUUUUUUUAAUACAAAAGAAUUUCCAUAAAGCCUAGGUAAUGAUUUAUAGAAGUUUCAAGAUUGAAGAAAAAAAGAAAAAGACAACACAUUCUUUCUUCUAUCUUCUAAGUACAAGAAACGAAUCACUUUAUAGCUUCACCCAUAAAACGACACAAAUUUUUAAGUUUUACCUUACAAAUUUGUAGCUGAGACGAGCAGAAAAGAUCGAAAGACCAAAAUAUCCCUUUUUAAAGUUAUUAUUACACCAUAAUUUUUGGUUUUUCUUUCCCCAUCGGCAUAUUGAUGACUAGAAUCCGGAGGAAACUAUUACGUGGGUAUCGAGGGAAGCUGAAUCUGUAUCCGGGUUUUGUGAGAUUUUGUGGGGCUUCUUGAUGGGUUUGUUUGUUGUACUACCCUUCUUCUUCUUCUUCAGAAUUUUUUAUUGAAUUUUAUUAGCCGAUAAAGUUUGGAACUUUCCUUUCUCGGUUCCUUGAGUGAUUUCGUUUCUACUGUGGGUUUCAUUUUUCAUUCAAUUUUCAAUCCAAUUCCUUGGAAUUUUUAUUCAAAAAAAGGGGUUAUAAUUUGGACAUUGGAGUAGGGUUUAACAGUACUAGAUUCUUUGUGGAAUUCCAUUCCAGAAAGUGAGUGAUUUUUAGUUCUUGAAAAGAUUUUUUUUUCCUUCUUUCGGUGGAUUUCAGUCUUGUGAGGAAGGGUUAAAAAAAUGUCUGGUGGGACACCAGUUGCUGGUGGAUAUAUGAGGCAAAGGCAUAGCCAAGGAUAUGCAUCAGGCAAUGAUGAUCUUGAGGAUGAUGCAUGCUCCAGGUUACAGCCUUUGCCACCGGCAACUCUGAGAACUAGAACUUGGACUGAAAUUCUGGAGAAUGUGCUUUGGGUUGCUUCGGCAUUGUUCAUAAUCUACUUUGGUGAUAGGCACUCCAAUUUGAUUUAUCUAUUGUGGCACGAUGACCGAAUCAGAAGAAUGCCUUUAUACCUUGGCUUAAUCGGAAUUGGGUUAAAUGUUGCCAUCUUCUUUUAUACAAGUAUGUUAGCAUGGAGUGUAAGGAGGUUUGAUGAAAAGUGGGAACUGUUAAGCAUUAUCGCAUUGCCAUUUCUUACCUUGCUCGGACUUGUCUCCUUUUGCUUACUCUGCUUUGCGCUGUGGCCUAUUUGGGGUUUCUUGACCCUUCCUCUUCUGUUCACGCUUUUUAUGGCUGGCCUAGUUCUAUACCCUCAUAUCAUGAUUGAGACAUUGAGGCCACAAAAUGAUUUUUUCCGUAUAGAUUAAGCAUUCUGGUAUAAAGACACAGUACUGACUUACACGAAGAUAGAAUCUAAAUGAUGGAUAGUUGGCAGCAUCAGCUAUCGGGUGGGGUGUUUUUUUAGGGUUCUGCCUUAACUUCUCAUGACAAAUUUUUCUCCCUGUUGGUGCCGAAGAUGAUACGGCUGAUUGUCUUGAAUUGGUCUUACCUCUUAUGUCAACCUUGCCUCGUUAAUACUUGAUGCACCUUGUUAUUGCAUCUCAGGAUUUUUAGUAUGACCAAAGAUAAGAGGGAAGGUCUCUUCUACUGUUAACUUUUGAGUUCAUCUGAUGAUAUUGAGGUACCAUUUAGUGAUAGUCAUAGACAUGAUUUUUCCUUUGAGAUGAAAUUCUUUUGUUGUGAACCACAGUUUCCAUUCCUCUGCAUCCCCUUUGGUGUCUCUGUCGAGUGUCUGCUUAUCCGAAAUGAAGAGGAUAUUUCAAAAGAGUUUCUGAAAA